AUGGCACAGGCUAAUCAGAGAAAGCUGUCCAAGUUGUCCGCGGAAGAAACCCGCUACAUUAUCAAUCAUGUGUUCCUUCCACCGCAGUUACCUCAUGAGAAUGAUUACGAUGUGAAGAAUGAAGAAGCCUUACUAAAAGCAGCCCUUCAAAGUCUGAAUACGUUUAGAGAAUAUGUACAAGGAGACGAAGCCAACGCUGUGGAAUCAGUCAUCACUACGAUGGAACAUCUACAUCGUAACCACGAUUACAUCGGAAGUAAAUCAUCAACUGACGAAAAAAGGCUUCUCGGGGCCUUUUGCCUCCUUAACCGGAAAGGUGGGACGGUUGCAUGUCAUAUUCAAGCUCAGAACUGUGGUAUAUUGUUCUCGAGAUUGGAUGCGUCUGUUCAAGUCGAGGUGUUUGAACUAUCUCCCUCUAACCAGGCUGUCAUUUCAACAGAAGGGAGACUACGUCGGCUCUUCCCCGGCGCAGCUGUGUCUAUCCCGUUGUCUGUUUUCCAAACACGCGAGUUCCAAGAUACAGUAGCUUACACCUUGAUAAAAAUGACCCACCAGUCGGCCCCUGAUACUCAACCACAAGUCAGAAAGGACAACAAGAUGCACGAUGAAGAUCGAGAUACCACACACCCGAAGAUAAUCACUGAACUCUUCUUUGCGUUCUUAUUAUCUAUGGGCAAUGAAGUAGAGGUUACGAAAAUCUGGAAGAAUACUCGCGAAGAAGUAUUCUGGCAAGAUGCCAAACUACCGUGGCAUAGGUCGGCUUUAUGGCUACUUAUCCGUGUCGUCUUACAACUCCUAUUCACACGAUCUGCUAGUCUAUCGACAUGCCCAGAACAUCUAUACAAAACCUUCAUGAUAUAUUUCAUGGCACAAGUUCUUGCGCAAGGGCAAGAAAGCCUUUCGAGCGACCUACUAGUGGCUAUGAGUGCCAAAAUCUCCAGACGCUAUCAUAAGAUUGUCGGAUCUAUCCCCGGACCUGCCGCCGAAUUCGUAAAUUCAACUCUAUCAUCAACGGAUCAGAUUAUUCGUGACCGAUGGUCGCGGAUCCGAGAAGAAAAUAUGGUUCCUAACAACCUAGAGGACCUUCAAGGUCUUAACUUUGAUCAAGAUACUCACAUGUCGCUCUCGAGACUUGUCGAUUUUAUCCACGGUAUAGGGGGCCGUGGAAAAAGUAAUCAACCCAUUGCCUUUCAGUUGAGCUGCCCUCUUAUCGACUAUAGUUCUCAAGUGCCUCCAGUUCCAUCAUCGACAAAGAACGUGUAUGUGAUGUACGAAUUGGCAUUAUUCGAGUCGUGGGUUGCUUCAAACCUCCAAAGUUGGUUAGGGGCCAACGAAGAGUGUCAUGAUGCUACUGGCAUUCUGAGAGAAUUUAUUGAGAAUUACUACAGAGUUGCCUUCUCGUGUUACGAAGGUAACCCCGAGCUAAGCUCCAUCAUGAUCCUUACUAUACUCGACCUCUGGGUUGCAUCCGACAAGUCAGCAAUACGAAAUUGCAAGUUACUGAAAAAGUAUAAGCCGGGAAUCCCUUUGGACAUGUUAGAGAAUUUGAAUUUGCCAACAAGAAGCCAAAUGAUAAGGCUCUGUGACAUUGAAAAAUAUUUAAUCGAUCGGAGAUCCCAGGCCCCGUUCCCUUACGAAGCACUCAACGACUUUGGCAGUAGAAAUUGCUUUUCCGUACAGUUUUUCAACCAAUCUGUUAAACAUGAGGAGCUCCGCGCUUCCAUUGUCAAGAAAGCACACCAGGACAGGGAAGCAAAGCGGAAAGAAUUUCAGCGGAAAAAAGACCAGUACGACGAUCUCAUACAGAAGUUGGAUGAGAUUGAACAUGAUACUAUUACGAGGAUCGAUUCGAUCACAGGCGAUCAUUCUGAGCAUUGCACCAAUAACUGUCUUAAAUGCGACAUCCCUCGGCAGGCAAAGCAGAUAAAAAUAGGAAUACAUGAGUGGCCACUGCCUAGAAAUGAGCUUCAAGAAAAGUCGACUGUAUUCGAGCUUGAUGUUCCCUGCUCAUUCCGUCAGUGGCGUGACACUACGGUGUUCGUCCUUUACGACAUCCUGAAGCUAAAGUACCUAGUGGAAGAGAAACCAGUAGCAAACUACAGGUUAGCCGAUUACUUACCAAGCUACUUCCGUGGAUUCGAUUCAAGGCAGCGGGUAAUACUACUAUCUGGUGUUAAGCCUCAUACAGGAACCCAUCGCCGUAUGAAAGCUAUUGCUACCAUGACUGUGGAUGAUGUAUGUCUCGAGAAUGGACUGCGUCUGAGAUAUUAUGAUAAAUCGACCGGUUUCUUCACCACUUCGCUUAUGUCUACAGACGACAUUGCCGAACUAUGCACGUACUCAUUACCGAAGAGGCCAACGGACAAGAUAUCACCAAUACAACCAUUUAUUAAUCGGACACCAUUAGAACCUGCCGGCCCACCACCGAACAAGGUCAUAGCCACCCAGUCAACCUGUCCUACCGAACUUUCUCUAGAAGAGUACAAGGCGCUUGCGUCUCUUCCGUUAGGCUUCCUGCUUCAAUGGCAAAACAUCUUAUUACAACUUGCGUCACCAAGCAUAGACUUCAGGAAGGAAGAGACUGCUUUGGUUAUCUUGCAGUGCAUCUUCCAAGUUGGACCCCGCGACGGACAUAAUGUGCUUAGGAGUAGUCAUAAAACCCUCGUCGAUGCGCAGUUUUCCCAUGCCUUACUAGACAGCCUGGACAAAGCAUUGCUUAGGGUUAGAGAGAAUUGGCAAUCAUUUCAAGGGCAUGGAAUUUUCGUUUCUAUAGCUAGACGUCUGCUUUCACUGACGUCUUCGCAAAAUGAGAAAGACAAGUGCCUUACUUUUUUGGCUGAUAUUCGCAAGAUCACUUCGGGAUGGAUCCACGACUUGGAGGACAAAAUUCAAGGCGCUACGGAUGACGACAUUAAGGAGGAGCUGCGAUACAGAUUGGUGAAGAUAACACUGAUAUGUGCGGACACGUUUAACGUCGAAGAGGAACAUCUCCGUAGCCUUUUGGCCGCGCCCGAUUCCGCCUGCACUAUGAUACGGUGUAGCAUUGUUAUCAAUGAAGGACUAAACUGCAUUCCAAGUAAAGCAGAUGAGUGGACUUCUAUUAUGCAUCGAAGAUGGGAGCGGCUUGCGUAUCGAGCAUUUAAUAUUCUCGCAGAUGAAAUAAUAACAAAGAGCAGCCCAGCGUUAGACGAUGCUAUCAAGAAGACUUGGUCUGAUUUCCCUGCGGCGGGGAAGUGGGAAAUCCAGAAGAAGCCGUACAAUCAUUGGAUUGUUAACCGGUCAACACUUAAUAAUGGAGACAACGAUUUGUACGUUGUCUUCAGUCUAUUAACCGGCGAGCUCUUCGUCAAUGGGUCCCCUCUAGGUCGACUGCCUCGAGAGUAUGAGAAACACUACAUGUAUUCUGUGUUGUUCGGAAAGUCAAUUCUAGAAGUUGUCCCGAGUUCAGUCCCUGGGAUGCGAUUCAGUUCCAAGAAAAUGUUCAACGAACACAGCCUAAAUUUUGGCUUGGACAACUCGGCCGAAACCCUCCUUAUUCGGGCGGUUGCCAAUAAUCAAACAUUUGAACUAGUCCCCCGAACUGUCCUCCAGAACUUAUUUCCAAUAAUGUUCGUUGAUAACUUCGUUCAUUGGUAUAACGAAGCUGGUGGCUACGUUGAGUUCUGCCCCCAGGAGCUUCCGUGGACUCACUCGGAGGACAAUUGGAGAUUGGUACGCUCGGACACUGCAAACCACUGUUGGCGGCUAUGUAAAGGCAGUAAGUUCCUUGUCGACAUCAACAGCCAUACAGCGAAGAAAAUCUUCAAAACAAACUUGAACCGUCUUGAAGAGCAUGCCUGGACGCAUAUCAUUCUUCAGGGUCAUUCUGUGGAUAUUGAAUUCCCUAGGUUAAAACUAGGGUUUCACUUGAAGCAGGGAGACAGUUCAAUAUAUUCUCACCAAUUCCGUGGAAUGUCGGUGGAUGAGGACCAGUCUAUUGGAACCUUGAUUGGCCUCCAAAGUAUGCUUGUGCUGAAAGGCGACAACGGCCGAGUUCGACGCAAAGCCCUCAUCCCAAAUGGAAAUAUAGUAUUCUAUAAGCAUGGGCAACAUGUCCAUGUUAAUAUUGAAAGGCAGUCUUCUACGAAAGCUUACGUUUACGAGGUUGACGGCUUAAUCGGCAGACUCGCUAACAAUGGAAGUCUACAAGGCAGGUUACUCUUGUCGUACCUCCACGCACUUACCUCUUUUCCCUUACCGGAUCCCUUGACGGGGAAAACAGGGACUGAAGAAGCACUAUCCAUCUUGAACUCUGCCGCCGUGAGGUCUUUCAUAAAGUUGACAGAAGAAAACCUUGAGUUACUGAAGAAGAUCGCCCUGCUUACUCCGGCGCGAUACUAUUACCCAGCUAACGAACGGGAAAUGCAAACCGUGGUAUGGAACCCACUACUUGAUUUCCUAGCCCAGCAUAACGGAUUUUAUCAAACUGUGCGCUCGAUAUUUGACCAAGCUAAUACAUCGAAAUUUUUCCACCCGGAAUCUUAUGUUUCCCCACCAAUUCUACAUCAGGUUGAGCAGAGCCUUCUACGCCGUGAUACUAUUCGUUCAUCUACAUUCCGCGUCUCGGGCUUUGGUGCUGAGGACCAUACUACAUCCUCGGAUGUGGUCUAUCGAAGCAGAGACAACAACCAGUCUUCCGAAAAGGCGUCCCGGGCUCGUAUUAUAUCCAAAAUUAUAUUCCGAGAGCGCUUCGCCCUGAACGAGAAGACCGUGGCAGACCUAGGAAAAUAUAUCUGGGAAUUCCUUUCUGGAUAUGAUGUGCUUGGACCCAGGACUAUUUACUCUUCCUUUCCGGAGAUUCAAGCAAACUACGAUUCUACAUUGCUUAUUGGUUCUACCGAGUUCAUCGCCAAACACUGGAUUCAAAUCUACCAGUUGUUGAGCGACAGAGCAACUGAACAUAACAAGUUCAAAGUCAUGUUCUGGCUCUCUACGAUUUCAUUCGAUAAGGAUGCCGACAUGACAAUCCUUCAGAUUUUGGCAUCCUUCUUUACAGUUCCCGGAACAGCUCUUAGUCCACCUACAGCUGACAUUUUUCGGCUGUCUCUUGGCUCUUGCGUCUCCGGUUCACAUCUGUACAGCGUUAUUACCGAUUCAUACCGUCCAUUUCACGAAAGUCCGGAAGCUGAUCUAUCUUCGCCUGCAUGGGAGAGCUGGUCCGCUUUUAGGGCCCGACAGUCUCAGACAUUUCAGAAAAAUAGAAAUGAAGCAGCCAGAACUUUCCGUGAUAAACUAAUAACUCAAUGGCCCUGUGAGCGUCCGACUUCCCCAUACCGUGCGGGUUCAGUGGAAUGGUGGAAAUACAUAAAUGUGGAUUUAGCUAUGAGUAGAGUAACGGAAUUAUUCAAGCCACGCUAUCACAACCAUCUUCUUGAGAAUUAUCUCAACCAGAUCGGCGGUAGGAUUCCACGGGAUGUCAUUCCGAUUAGCAUUUCUCGAUUCUCUCCAACUAUCCCCCCUUGGAACUGUACGAGAAGGCCUGGUUUUACCAGCAACGACGAAAUAUUCAACCCCCCAGCUCCUCUUAUGUUACCAUAUACUGUGGAUAAUAUGACACACAACAUAUCCCUGACUAAUGGUAACAGUAACGAAGCACCGCGGCUUCCCUUUUUGCUGUCGAGGUUAGAUAAACAAGUGCAAUCUGGAUACGACAGACGUUACGUGUCAGACCUCAAGACUAGCACGGAGUCACUACAGGGCUGGAGGAAGGAGUACCGCCUGACGAAAGGUAUGCAAGAACUUGAACAACUUCUUGCUCACCAUCGCGAUAGUUGCCAAGAGGUAGUUGAUAAGACUUAUGAGGCCAUAAAAGAAGCUGUCAAAUCCAACCAAGGAGGCGAACAGAAUACUUUUCGAACUCUCUUAGCCUCAAUCCACCAAUGGCCAAGGCUAUCACCAAGCUUCUUCUUGCAACGUCUCUGUCGUAGCAAGUGGCAGAAGCUAUCGGAAGACUGGAAAAGUUGCAUAGUUUAUUACGGCAUAACCAUUUCUCGGCUGCAGAGAGCAGACCGUUUGCUAAGGGCAGUUCACAAUCCUUCCGUCCUUAUAAGCGAACUGAGAAAUCCCGGCCACACCAACUGGCGACCACAAGAUCAGCCAGAGUCUCUGCUCUUGGAAAUAGAGGGCGACCUUAUGAUCCGUCCAGUUCAGGAGCAAAUAGCCAAUAAUAUGAGGAGCCCCGAAGGGGGUAGGAAUGCCGUCAUGCAGUUAAACAUGGGAGAAGGGAAGUCAUCUGUCAUCGUACCCAUGGUCGCAACAGCGCUCGCAGAUGGUUCUCGUUUAGUCCGGGUAAUCGUUGGAAAACCGCAGUCGAGGCAGAUGUACCAAAUGCUUAUAUCCAAGCUUGGGGGUUUACUAGACCGACAGAUCUAUCACCUACCAUUCUCUCGCGCCGUUAAAGUCGAAGAAACCGAGAUACUGGCGAUGCGAAAUAUGUUUGAAACCUGUAAGAGCAAUGGGGGUAUAUUCUUAAUGCAACCCGAGCACAUCCUGUCAUUCAAGCUUAUGGGUAUCGAGUGUAUCCUAACGGGAAAGGAAGAGAUCGGUCGUACUUUGGUACAAAGUCAAGAAUACCUCAAUAAGAAUACUCGCGAUAUCGUCGACGAGAGCGAUGAAAAUUUUAGCGUCAAAUUCGAGUUGGUCUAUACCAUGGGCACACAACGUCCAACUGAAUAUAGCCCCGAAAGAUGGGUAUGCAUUCAUCAGGUCCUGGAGGUAGUUAGAGAAGUCGUCUUGGAAGUUCGCUCCGACCUCUCCGGUGCACUCGAGGUCCAUUCUCAGUAUCCUGGGUGUUUCCCACGUACUCGCAUUUUACAGCUGGAUGCCGCCGACCAGAUUCUCUCUCGGGUUACGGAGCGUAUUUGUGCAACGGGCAUCAACGGCUUCCCCAUCACAAGACAACAGGAACAUGUCCGCCAAGCAAUAAUCAGAUACAUUACCGAGGUCCAACCUGCUCCUACUGACAUUGCGCUCGUCGAAGACCCUAGCCUUAAGGGAUUCUGGACGCGUGCUAGCCAAACUUUACUCCUAUUGCGAGGUCUUAUAGCCGGAGGCGUACUGGGCUUCGCCUUCGGGCAUAAGCGGUGGAGAGUUGACUAUGGCCUUGACUCAAACAGACAACCAAGCACUAAACUCGCGGUGCCAUAUAGAGCUAAAGAUAACCCCUCGCUGCGGUCUGAAUUCAGUCAUCCGGAUGUUGUUAUCAUCCUCACAUCUUUGAGUUAUUACUACGGCGGCCUCGAAUACCAAGACCUAUUGCAAACUUUCGAACACCUCCUUAGGUCUGACCAGGCCGACCAAGAGUUUGGGGUAUGGGUAAAGGACGCAGAUAAUCUCCCCAAUACCUUCAAAACCCUGGUUGGCAUUAAUCUCGAAGAUGUAGAAUGUACGCAAUCCCUAUUUAACUCUUUCCGGCAUGCCAAAGGCGUCAUAGACUACUUCCUAGCGCACAUAGUCUUCCCAAAGGAAAUGAAGGAGUUUUCACACAGGCUUUCGGCUUCGGGUUGGGAUAUAGGAGAAGUCAAGACUCAUCCAACGACGGGGUUCAGCGGCACAAACGACUCUCGCCAGGUACUACCAUAUGAUGUCGAGCAGCUAGACCUUGAGGAUCAGAAGCACACAAACGCAUUGGUUCUAGAGAAUUUGCUCCAUCCUAAGAACUCCGUUACGCUCCUUCCGCCACGCCAGGAAAGCGAGAAUUCAGUCGCUGAGGUACUGUUGAAUGUUAUCACAAAGCUCGAUCCACCAACGCGAGUCAUACUAGACGUGGGAGCUCAGAUACUUGAGCUAAAUAACUUUGAAGUAGCGAAAACAUGGUUGCAUAAGACCUCGGAUGACACUACAAUUCAAGCAGCCAUCUUUGUUGACGACCAUGACGAACUUCAUGUCCUAGACAGAAAGGGACACUCCGAGCCUCUUCAUACGUCACCGUUCGUGUCACAGCUGGAUGUUUGUGUUGUUUUCUUAGAUGAGGCGCACACGAGAGGCACUGACCUGAAGUUGCCAAGGGAUUACCGUGCAGCUGUCACGUUGGGAGCAAAUUUAACGAAAGAUAGGCUGGUACAAGCUUGUAUGCGGAUGAGAAUGCUAGCGGAGGGGCAGUCGGUGGUAUUUUGCGUCCCUGACGAAGUCCAAAGAAAAAUCCGGGCACAUAGGGCUGAUAUCGGACUUCCUGCCGACCAGGAUAUUUCAGUCUUGGAUAUUCUAGCCUGGUCGAUCGGCGAGACUUGGAAAGACAUUCAUAGGAGUAUGGCAUUGUGGGCAAAUCAGGGCCGGCGCAACGAAACCCAUAGGAAAAUAUGGGCAGAGACCCGUUCUAGCGGCAAGGUCAAUCUUACCAAAGACCUCGCCGAGAAAUAUCUUGAAGAGGAGGCGAAGACGCUGGAGUACAGGUACCGACCUCGCCCCGACAGUGAUAUAAUCAUGCCUUCGAAAGUGAUGGGCACGGACCCGAUCUCUUUACGAUGUAAUGAGUUCAAAAAUCUAAAGCUUAACUCGGCCGAGCUUCAAGAAGAGGAAGAACGCGAGCUGUCGCCGGAGAUUGAGCAAGAACGGCAGGAUCAGAGACCUCCCGCAGCAGAACCAGCUAUUCAUACGAUCCACGAAGGUGUCAAAGAAUUCAUUGCCUCUGGCAUGAUCACCAAGGGGUCUAAGGGAUACAUGCCUGCAUUUUUAGCCCUGCGCAAUACUUCGGCAGGGGCUUGUUUCGACGUGUCCCAGUUCCGUCCUAGGUUACUUGUCUCGAACGAUUUCGCGAACACUAUUAAACGACGCGGCGCCUCGGAUCAAUUAGAUUCGUACCAACGAGCUAUUCAAUGGAUUUUAACGGGGGCACCUCCUAGCGAUGAGGACUCUGCUAAAACGCUCGUCAAGCACAUGAUGGUCAUUAGCCCAUACGAGGCAAAUGCUAUGUUACCGAUGAUAAUGGAAUCUAAAGCUGUUGCCUUACAUCUAUAUGCACCCAGGGCAAAUCUGGGCUAUUGCGAGCUCGACAAGCUUGACUUAUACACGGUACCCGAGAGGCUGUCGUCGCGCAAGGUGCCCCAAAGGCUUAUCACGGAACUGAAUCUGUUCGCCGGACAGCUCUACUUUGGCUCGUAUGAGCAAUACGUGGACGCGUGUCGGUUCCUGGGCAUUAGCUACAGUACGCCCGGCAAAGGGGAAGAGAUUACCGCCGACGGAUUUAUAGCUAAAGACAGCAAGGGCAGGGUUGGUGGAGAGUCAGGCCUGAAGAGCAGCCCAGUGGCGUUUUUCAAGAUCCUCCACACGAAGAUCCGACGUAACUGCGAGAGCAUCGAGAAGACACAUAUGGGAAAACUGCUGGACAACCAGCUGCUUAGGCCAUCGGAUUUUGAGGAACAGUAG